AUGGGAACACGGAUAAACAUCGAAAAAGUUGAUGUGCCAUUACCGAAUGAGGAAGAUUCAGGAAAAUUAGCAUUUAUUUUAUUAAAUGUUCUUACACAAGAAGAAUGUUCUGAUUGGAUUAAAUUAACAGAAGAACGUGGUUAUAUUCCAGCAUUAGUUAAUAUUGGUGUACGUGAAGUUUUAAUGACAGAUGUUCGAAAUCAUGAUCGAUGUAUUAUUGAUGAUGUUGAUAUGGCAAAUAUAUUAUUUGAACGUAUUAAAUCAUAUUUACCAGAAAUAUUUAAGAAUUAUAAAUUAGUUGGACUUAAUGAACGUCUUCGUUUUCUUCGUUAUGAUCCUGGACAACAAUUUAAAGGACAUAUGGAUGGCGUUUAUCAUCGCACUGAUGGAUCUGGUGAAAAAAGUUUAAUUACAAUACAAGUUUAUUUAAAUGAAAAUUAUAAAGAUGGAGAAACAACAUUUAUUCAUUAUAGUGAUCCUACUAAAAACUUUUCAUGUCAACCACGUACAGGAAUGGUACUUGUAUUCGAACAUCGACUCUUUCAUGAAGGUUCAAUGUUGAAAAAAGAUCGAAAAUAUACGGUUCGUACUGAUGUUAUGUAUCGACCAUAG